ACAUUCGUAGUUUCUGUUGUCGAGUUCCCAAAAAAAAAAAUAAUAAUUGGGAAUCUAUUUGUUUUGAUUUUCGGUGUUUGAUUGAUUGUUUUGUUUUCCGUUCCAGUAUUUGAUUUUCCGUAUUGUUCAAAGAAAUUUAAUACUGAUCUUUUGGUUGUUGGUUCUUUUCCGUAUUGUUCAAAGAAAUCGAUUGAAGAAAGAGCAAAUUUGUUUUUGAGGAACAGCUUAAAGUGAAUCACAAUUUUCUGUUUGUUGAGUGAUGUUAAUUUCGUCCGCAGCCGCCGUAUUGAAGCUAAUAGCUAUUCCAAUAUAUCAAAGGUCACUUUUAUUGUUGGCAGAGUUGCCGGUGCCAUAUACUCUCAUGGAAGUAUAGUGUAUAUGGUAUAUGAAGAAGACGGCAGCACAUGCUGAUGGAAUUAUGUGCAUCGGAUUGGUAUUUGAGUUGGAUUGGUAUGAUUGAUUUAAUUUGGUUCAGUUCCAUUUGAUUUGGUUUUUGUUCUGUUUUGUUUGGUUAUGCUUCGCUUCUUGCGGUCUGGUUUGGUUUGUCAUGACUGUUUUUUUUGUUUGGUUCUCUCGGGUGAGUUAAGAUAAUACUCACAUUGAAUCCGGUGAGGGAAUACUCACAUUGAAUCCGGUGAGGGAAUACUCACAUUGAAUCCGGUGAGGGAAUACUCACAUUGAAUCAGGUGAGGGAAUACUCACAAUUUGAAAUUUGAAUCCGGUGAGGGAAUACUCACAUUGAAUCCGGUGAGGGAAUACUCACAUUGAAUCCGGUGAGGGAAUACUCACAAUUUGAAAUUUGAAUCCGGUGAGGGAAUACUCACAUUGAAUCCGGUGAGGGAAUACUCACAUUGAAUCCGGUGAGGGAAUACUCACAUUGAAUCCGGUGAAGGAAUACUCACAAUUCGAAGUCUGAAAUCUGAAGAAGUUGAAUUUGAAGCUAUUAGUUAAUUUAGUUUAUUUUCGGGUUGAUUUGUAACAAGCUCAAAGCUUAGUAAGCUUUAGCUUGAGGGGUAGUAUUAGAAAUAAAAUAUUUAGUUAGAGUAGUUUGAUUUUUGUUGCAUCAAGUAACACUUUUUUUCAUGUUGUGCUUUGUGAUUCUCAAAACUCAUGGCAUUUCACGUAGAUUCACCUCACUUUUCAUGCUUAACAGAGAAGCACUAUGCUACUUCUCUUCUUCAACACAAUUACAACCCAUAUCAUCAUCUUCUUCUUCAAUUGUGGUUCCAUCACAAUCUAUGGUCCAAAGGGUAUGCUCAAUGGUGUGUGAAUCUUACCAUCACAAUGCCAACAUGAGAGUUUCACCUCCAAGACUCCAUCUUGGGAUUGAUGUUGAUUCUUUAACACACGAGCAAGCUGUUACCAUUGUUGCUUCACUUGCAAGUGUUUCUGGUUCAAUGGUGGCGCUUAGUUUCUUCCAUUGGGCAAUUGGGUAUCCAAAGUUUCGAUAUUUUAUGAGGUUGUAUAUAGUGUGUGCGGCAUCUUUGCUUGGGAAUAGGAAUUCGGAGAAAGCUCAUGAAGUUAUGCAGUGUAUGGUAAAAAGUUUUGCUGAGAUUGGGAGGUUGAAAGAAGCUGUGGAGAUGGUUAUUGAAAUGCAUAACCAAGGUUUGGUUCCGAAUACUCGGACUUUGAAUUGGAUGAUUAAGGUUGCAAGUGAAAUUGGUUUGGUUGAAUAUGCAGAGUUGUUGUUUGAGGAAAUGUGUGUGAGAGGGGUUCAACCAGAUUCUGUUAGCUAUAGGGUGAUGGUUGUUAUGUAUUGUAAGAUUGACAAUGUUUUGGAGGCAGAUGGAUGGCUGAGUGCCAUGUUUGAGAGGGGUUUUGUGGUUGAUAAUGCAACAUUUACGUUAAUAAUCAGCAAAUUUUGUGAAAAGGGUUAUGCAACUAGAGCGCAAUGGUAUUUUCGUAGGUUAGUUGAUAUGGGUUUGAAGCCUAAUUUGAUUAAUUUCACAUCUAUGAUUGAAGGUUUGUGCAAAAGGGGUAGCAUAAAGCAAGCAUUUGAAUUGUUGGAGGAGAUGGUUGCUAAAGGUUGGAAACCUAAUGUGUAUACUCAUACAUCAUUAAUUGAUGGACUUUGCAAGAAAGGAUGGACUGAAAAAGCAUUUAGAUUGUUUCUUAAGCUUGUUCGAAGCGAAAAUCACAAGCCAAAUGUGCUUACAUAUACUUCCAUGAUAAGUGGAUAUUGUAGAGAGGAAAAACUAAACCGGGCAGAGAUGCUUCUGAGCCGAAUGAAAGAGCAGGGAUUAGUCCCGAACACCAACACUUACACAGCUCUCAUCGAUGGGCAUUGCAAAGCAGGAAAUUUCGAAAGAGCAUAUGAUUUGAUGAAUCUAAUGAGUAGUGAAGGUUUCAAUCCUAAUGUAUGUACAUAUAAUGCCAUUGUUGAUGGCCUUUGUAAAAGGGGAAGGGUAGUUGAGGCUUACAAAAUGCUUGAGGAUGGCUUUCAUAAUGGUCUGAAACCAGAUAAAGUUACCUAUAAUAUUCUAAUGUCUGAACAUUGCAGACAGGUGAAUAUCAGGCAAGCAUUAGUGUUAUUCAAUAAGAUGCUAAAAAGUGGUAUUCAAAUUGAUAUUCAUUCAUACACCACUUUGAUUGCAGUCUUCUGUAGGGAAAGUAGAAUGAAAGAGAGUGAGAUGUUUUUUGAGGAAGCUGUGAGAAUUGGGCUCAUUCCUACAAACAAAACUUAUACAAGUAUGAUAUGUGGUUAUUGCCGAGAAGGAAAUUUGACCUUGGCUUUAAGGUUUUUCCAUAGGAUGAGUGACCAUGGCUGUGUUCCAGAUUCUAUUACCUACGGCGCUAUUAUAAGCGGCCUUUGCAAACAAUCAAUAUGUUAAAGUUCAGAGAGAAACACAAAGUGACGGCUAGGGUUUCAAUAAUAUUAUAAUAGCAUUACUUA